UCUCUCCCCUUCUCCUCGCCAGCGGGGUGCUGAAGUUGGGCGGAUGGCAGCAAACAGGCUCCGCUAGAGGACCGAGCAGCUCAGCCUCGCGCCCCCGGACCCAUCGGUGCGCUGCCCACACCUCCAGGCGACUGGCCAGUUGGGCACUGCAGUAGCUGAAAUGCGAAAAAGGCAGCAACCACAGAAUGAAGAAACACCUGCUGUGUCUCAAGCACCUGGAAACCAGAGGCCCAACAACACGUGUUGCUUUUGUUGGUGCUGUUGCUGCAGCUGCUCCUGGAAUGAAGAAAGAGGGGAAAAUGCAGGAAGACCCACACAUACCACAAAAAUGGAGAGUAUCCAGGUCCUAGAGGAAUGCCAAAACCCCACUUCAGAUGAAGUCUUGUCCUGGUCUCAAAAUUUUGACAAGAUGAUGAAGGCCCCGGCGGGAAGAAACCUUUUCAGAGAGUUCCUCCGAACAGAAUACAGUGAAGAGAACCUACUUUUCUGGCUUGCCUGUGAAGACUUAAAGAAAGAGCAGAAUAAAAAAGUAAUUGAAGAAAAGGCCAGAAUGAUAUACGAAGAUUACAUUUCUAUACUCUCACCAAAAGAGGUCAGUCUCGAUUCUCGAGUUAGAGAGGUGAUCAAUAGAAAUCUGUUGGAUCCUAAUCCUCACAUGUACGAAGAUGCCCAACUUCAGAUAUAUACCUUAAUGCACAGAGAUUCUUUCCCAAGGUUUUUGAACUCUCAGAUUUAUAAGUCAUUUGUUGAAAGUACUGCCAGCUCUACUUCUGAAUCUUAAUUUUUAUUUUUAAAAAAUCAUUUUGGAGGGCUGGGAUGAGAAAUAAAAGUAGUUAAAUAACACCUGAAACUGAGUUCCUGGAGAACUACAGUUUAGCAUUCCUCAGGCUACUGUGAAAAUACAACCAUAUGGUCUUUGUCUCCAUUUUUUAUCAAGGCUAUCCAUGGUUAAGUUUGGAGAAAAUACCACAUGAAACAAUGAAUUGCCAAAUUAAGUUUGUUUUGUUCAACAUGCAUUCUACUUGCAAGCAAACUGUAUUUGUAGGUCCUAUGAACAGUCUCCUAGUGUAUCCAGAGACUGCAUGUGCAAAGUAAAACUGCUUCAUUUGCCAUGUAGUUGUUAAUAUUUAAGCCAAUGGCAUAACUUAUAUCUGUAUUUAAGGACUUCUGUGCAAUAUGGUCUUAUAGAAAUAAUUGCCAAAAAGUUGGCUGUGGUUUGCAUUUUUAAAUAUAAUCUAAGACAGAAAAAGCCAAUUUUUAAAUUGUAACUAUGAUAUUCAACAUGCUAUAUACUGUGCUCAGUACACUAAUUUUGAAGCCAAUAUUUCUGUACAUGAAAAAAGAGCUAUUUAUCUCUGUUUGUUGGAAAAUCCUAAUGGGGAAUCCCUCUGGUUGUUCACUGCCAAAACUGUGGCAUUUUUAUUACGGAAGAGUUUACUUCAUAUAUAUAUAUAUAUGAAGAAAAGAGAAAAAAAAAAGCACAAAAUAAUUUGAAGAUAUUCUAUCUCAAAGACAAAUCAAAGAGUGAUAUUGUUUUUAACUGUAAUAGGGAAAAUGAAUCUAUGUAUCAGAUGUCCAAUACUGUAAUUAAUUUAUUAAAGACUGGCUCUCCAGUUCUAAAAUGGUUGUGUAAAGUAUGUACUUUAGCCAAAAAAAAAUAAUAAUAAUAAGCUUGAUAACUUAGUUUUGGAAUAUAAAGAAAGGAUUUAAUAAAGGAAUGCCUAUAUGUAGCAUCAUAAAACUUUUGAUGAAUAGCAUCUGUGCUGUGGCAUAUUUUCCUUGAAAGUGAAAUCCAAGAAAAGCUAAGUUUUUAAGCAAGAAAAGUUUUAUAGGGGUUCUCUAGAAGAUAAUUCUCUACUUCAGACCUUAACUGUUUUCACAUAGUAUCUUAAAAAUGACUUAUUUAAAAAAUGUUAAAACCAAACCACUCUGGUCCAUAAUUGAAAGGCAGUACAGUGCUCAAAUCUUUUAGCUGCCAUAUUAUUUUUUAUAUGUACUACUAAAUCUUUAAGACAAAAAAUACUUGCCUGACAUUGGCACGUACUUUUGACAUUCAAGAAAACAGUAUCCUAUCUCGCACACACACACAAAAGUCAGUGUCAUAUUUAUAUCAAGGUGUUACAUUUGAAUAUUAAUAUCCCCUGGAGGCUAUUUUUUUAAUCUUAAACUUAAUAAAUACUGAGUAACCUAAAAUGAAAGUUUUAAAAAUAUUUAUAUCCACUGAGAAUACUGGCCUUAUA